CCGCCCCGCAGCAUUGUUCAUCCGGCGAGGUGGCGACGGGACGAAAAAGCGCGCACGGAAAAGGGACAAGGGGGAAAAAUCCAGUCCGAUGUGGCGCCCUGGCCCGUGCCCUUUUUGGCUUUUUUCUUCGGCCCUCUCGCCUUCUGCUCGUACGCACGCCUCAUUUCUUUGCAUCCUCUCUUCUGUUCUCGUCCCCCGCCCCCGCUGCCUGCUCGACAAGCAGUUCUUGGGAAGAUAUUCAGGAGGUGGUGAUUUGGUCUGGGUGCUUGCUCGCCUUCUUUCGUUGCUCGGUUGGCGCCCAUGGUGAGGAGCCAGUGAGCUGAACUACAGCUUGUUGAUUCAGAAACCUGGAGAUGGCUCGUUUCCAGGAAAUCAAGGUGGGGAACGCUUCAGGAGCUGCUGCUGACCCUGUUAGCCAUGUAAACCUCAUGGAUCAUUUGAAGAGUCCUCUGAAUUCCUGUGCUAUGGACUUGGCAGCAGAAGCACGAGUCCCUAAGGCGCGCAAACCUUACACGAUAUCGAAGCAAAGGGAGAAAUGGACGGAGGACGAGCACAAGAUGUUCCUGGAAGCCCUGCAGCUCCAUGGCCGUGCCUGGCGUCAUAUACAAGAGCACAUAGGCAGCAAGACUGCCGUGCAAAUCAGGAGCCACGCUCAGAAGUUCUUCUCCAAGGUCAUCCGAGAAUCCUCUGGGGACAGCAACGGCGCAGAUGCUGCAGCACCAAUUCACUUUCCUCCACCGCGGCCAAAGAGGAAGCCGGCACACCCAUACCCACGGAAGCUAGGUAACUCACCCGGCAAGGAUGUCCCUGCAUUCAAACAGCUUGAGAAGCCUCAGUUGCAGAUACAGUCCCUGUGUGAGCAGGAGAAUUGCUCGCCGGAAUCUGUGUUAACCACAGCACGGAUAGGGCCUGAGAUCUUGGCUAGUGACAGCAGUGGAUCGCCGGCCUCAUCGGUUGAUUUGGAGAGAUGCCCCACGCCAAGCACAACAGCUGUUGAGUUAGGUGUGCAAGUGCCACCUUCCAAGGAUGCCAACGGCAAUACUGCUUCCAAGGAUCUGGCGUGUGGAAUACCUGAAGGUCCAGUCCUUAGGCUAUUUGGCAAGAGACUUGUGGUGAAUGAUUUGCGUCAGCAGCCAAACUCCAAUAAUGGAAGCCUGCAAGAUGUGGCAGACAUGGAACUGGAUGCUUCAGCUGAGACACCAACUAGUGGAACUGGGAAGUUCUCUUCCCAUGGUGCAGCAGAAGCAAACACAUGGAGCCCGUGGUUGAUCAGUACACAGCAGUUGAUGCACUACCUUCCUCAGGGGGAGGUUUUCUCGGUGCAUUCUGGUCACCCAUUUUUCAGCUAUAAUAACGGAAGCAUAUCUUGCACAGUGUUGAACCCACAGGCAGUUGCUUCAAAUAAGCAGCAACACCAACCAUCUCAAGCCUCGGACUGCAAAUUCAUGAACGGUGAAAAAUCCUGGACGGAGUCGAACACAACCUCCAGCAGCAUGCCUGAAACUACCCAGAAUUCAGAUUCUGUAGAAUCGGUACAAGUAAGCAACGACGAAGAAGAAACUAGACCUGUUCCUGGUUCAAGAAAAUGUGUGAGCCCAGCGCCAGUCUGCCUUCGAGGUUUUGUGCCAUACAAGAAGUGCGGAGUUGAACGUGCGGUACUGAAGUCGCAGGCGCCUAGGGAGGACGCAGAUGGAGAGAUGACAAGGCUGUGCUUGUAAUUUUUGGAGCUUCACUGCUACUCCAGCUGUUUUUUGCUGAUGUUUAUAUACCGAUGACUAGAACUUAUGUUGCAGGAAGACCAUUCUGCUGUAACAUAUGAGAGGCAGAUUGUGAUCACUCAAGCCUUCAACAAAGCAACUGUGAUUUCAAUCUGCCCAUGUAUAGUUCAAGAGUCAAGACUGAUGUUUCCAUUGCUUGAGGUUCAGAGGUCAAUGGUUGUCAUUCAGUAGCAUAAGAGUCGUCGUAGAAGAUCUUACUAUAUGUAUGUAAAUUAUAAGCGCUGUUUGUAAAAGAAAUCAAUCACAUGGCAGCUAAAACAAUGGAAUGUUGCAAUGGUUUCUUCA